GUCACAGGCUGUCGGUUCUUGAAUUGUCAUGCUGGUGAUACCCGUGGCUGCUCGACCGCCGGCAUUCCCCGCUGGUUCCGUUUCCUGGUUCUGUUCCUUAUGGAUUACUCUUUGCCGUAGCAGUUUACUUUCGUUUUCGGAUUCUAUGUUUUGUUUUGGAUUACUCGUCUCGAGCGGAUAUUCUUGGUUUGUUUUCUCGCCACAGCAACCGUUGCAGUAUUGUGGAGUAUCAGAUGAAGGCUGUGCUGCUCUCGCUUCAGCUCUGAGAUUAAACCCCUCACACCUGAGAGAACUGGAUCUGUAUGGGAAUAAAAAUAAACUGGAAGACUCAGGAGUGAAGCGUCUCUCUGCUCUACUGGAGAAUCCUGAGUGUAAAGUGAAAGAUCUGAGGUUGCGUGGUUGUGGAGUAUCAGAUGAAGGCUGUGCUGCUCUCGCUUCAGCUCUGAGAUCAAACCCCUCACACCUGAGAGAUCUGGAUCUGUCUGGCAGUAAAGUAGGAGACUCAGGAGUGAAGUUUCUCUCUGCUGUACUGGAGAAUCCUCACUGUAAACUGGAGAUACUGAGGUUGGAUGAUUGUGGAGUAUCAGAUGAAGGCUGUGCUGCUCUCGCUUCAGCUCUGAGAUCAAACCCCUCACACCUGAGAAAACUGGAUCUGUCUGUGAAUGAAGUAGGAGACUCAGGAGUGAAGUGUCUCUCUGCUGUACUGGAGAAUCCUCACUGUAAACUGGAGAUACUGAGGUUGUGUGAUUGUGGAGUAUCAGAUGAAGGCUGUGCUGCUCUCGCUUCAGCUCUGAGAUCAAACCCCUCACACCUGAGAGAUCUGAAUCUGUCUGGCAGUAAAGUAGGAGACUCAGGAGUGAAGUUUCUCUCUGCUGUACUGGAGUAUCCUCACUGUAAACUG